GCUUAUGUGCUACAAGAGAAGGGUAACCUCCUAGAGCUAGUGGACCUAGAGUUGGGGUCAAACUAUUCCAAAGAUGAAGCUCUAAAGAUGCUAAAUGUGGGCUUACUGUGUACAAGCCCUUCUCCCACGCUCCGCCCUUCUAUGUCAGCCAUUGUGAGCAUGCUUGAAGGAAAUGCCAAUGUGCAGGCCCCACUACCAAGGUCUGGCUCUACAAGUGAGGAAUGGAGGUUCAAGGCUUUUAUAACUAUUUCACAAGACAGCCAGAGCCAGACUUUGUCCACAGAGGGCCCAACAAGUGGAUACUCUGGGCCAUGGAUUGCAUCCACUGUUCCUCUCUCUAGCAAGGAAGAAGUGAGCACAAAAAGCCACCUACCUCAUCUUAUAGAUAUUAGUGGAGAUUAG